UUUUCAUUGGUUUUUCCAUCGUUUGAUUAAAUUUUUUUUCUUCUCAUAAUUAAAACAAAUAAAAUAAUUUCAUCAAGUAAAUUGAUUGAAACUUGUAUCAAAAAAGAAAAGAAUGGAACAGCCAAACAGGCCGAUUAUUGGUCUUCAUACGACUUCAGAACCACCGCCACCACCACCAUCAACAUCAUCAUCAACUACAAAUUCGGAUAUAAAUUUAUCAUCAUCAUCAUCGAAUGGCAAUAAUGGACGAACACAAAGACGAAUACAGAUUCAAAUACAGCAUACAACAUCACGAAUAUUGGAUUCGACAGAUAAUUCUCACAUUUCGAUUGAUCAUCAUCAUCAUCAUAAUAAUCAUCCUACUCUUAUGCGUCGUCAAUUGUUGCAUGCUAAUAUUCCAUCAUUACAAAGAAAUCGUAUAGCAGAACGUGAACGUAAUUUUUAUAGGCAAUAUUAUUUAAGAUAUCGAACAGGUUCAUCAUUAUCUAAUGAUCCUGCACCAACAACAACAACAACAGCAGAAUCGGCCUCAACACUAGCAACGUUAGCAGCCUCGGCAUCUUCAACAUCAACUGAUACACGACCCAUAGAAUUUGAGGCAACAAUUUAUCGGCCAAAUUUAUCCAGGCGUUUUCCUUCACAACUGCUUGUAUCACCAUUUCAAAUUACUUUUCCAACACCUUUACCAGCAACUGCAUCAACAUCUUCUGAUAAUAAUAAUGUUCAUAAUAAUCAAUUAAAUCAGAAUGUUUCGAAUGCACCAGAUGUUACGGUAACAACACCUCUUCCACCGCCACCACCACCAAAUCAACCGGAAAUAUCAACAAACAACGGUGAUAUAGUUCGUACUGUUUUCGAAAGAUUACACGGUACAGCUAUUCAAUUAAAUCGUGAUGGUCAUUGGUUUAAUCUACAAAAUGGACUUACUAAACAAGAAAUUAAUCGUCAUACUAUUUCCUAUGAAUAUAAACCGAAAAAACGUAAACGAAUGAAAGUUAUUGUCGAAAGUAAUGGUUCAGGUGAAUGUAGCCGAACUAGUAAUAAUAACCAACAAAAUCAAGCUUGUGAAAGUGAUGUUUGUUCAAUAUGUUUGGAUCGUUUUUGUGUCAAUAUUAUUGUCAGACGAUUACCUUGUCUUCAUGUGUUUCAUAUAAAAUGCAUCGAUAAAUGGCUCAAACAGAAUAAAAAAUGUCCAAUAUGUCGAAUAUCGAUUGCAAUUGAUUAUGAAAAAAUGUUUUCAUCAUUAAAUUCAGGAAUCAGUAUUGAACAAUGUUUAAAUCAACAGGAAUCAUCAAUUGGUUCAAAUAUUGCAAGCUUUUUACAAGAAUUAACAGAUUUACAGCAAUUGGUAUAUGAAAUACCUGCUAAUAAUGUAAAUGGAAUGACAAGAUUAUCAUUAUUUGGUAAUUCUUCAAAUCAUUAUAAUCAUAUUGUUCAACAAACAACGGCUUCAACAAAUAAUAAUAAUAAUA